AUGCAGCAAGACGCAGGAGGGCAGAAGCACGACAAAGACCUCGCGUCCCACCCAUCCCCACAAAAUUUCCAAAAUCAUGCUUCUUCUUCUGAUACUCGCAGCUAUGACAUUGACCGCGACACAUGCAAGGUCGGCGACAGAGGUGGGAGGGAGUGGCGCGACACCCUCGAGCCCAACCACCUCUGGGAGGAAACCAGUAAGAAGAACGAACCCCAAGACGAUGAAGCGAAGCCCACCCCCACCCGCAAGUCCAAAAUGAGCCGCAUGGCAGGGUCCCCGUCGGCGCGGAGGAAGCGAGCGCCGAGAGGCAAACAGGACUUUGCCACGCUUUCUUCCUCUAGGUCCUCCACCGCGAGUUUAGAGGAUGACCCGGACGUGAUCCCUUUCCUGGCCAGCACGCGCUUCAAGCGAGGGGAGGCGUUGACGUCGCAGGGAGGCGGUGGUCUCCUCUUCACUCUGGCGAGACGCGCGGGAAAGGCCUUAGUCGGGUCCUCUGCCUUCCGUUUCGUGGCGGAGGAGAAGAUCUUUGAGACUGUCGCAGGCAUGCUCGCCUACCGCAUUGCCUUUCAAUGGAGCAAGGACUCGACGGCCACGCGGAAAGCCCGCUUGCUCUUCACCCUCUAUGUCUGCCUGUAUCUGGGCGCGCUCCUGUACUCGCGGCAGCAGGCCAUCGCACAGCAAGACGCGCGCACGCUCAAGGUAGCCGCGGUGCCCGCCGUUCUUUCCUCCCUCCUGGAUAUGGCGAAGAAGAUGAAGAAAGGGGAGAGCCCGGGGGGAUUGCCGGGGCUGGCGGGCCUGGCGAGGCCGCAGGAGAAGGAGAUGACCUUCCGCGACUACGACUUGGGCCAGAUCAAGGCAGCCUUGGACCGAUUCUCGCUCUUCUUGGUGGGGAUGACCUUCCUGCACUUCAAGAUGAAGAACACGUACAUGAUCAUGUACUGGGGGUAGGUGGCGGCCUCCCUCCUCCUCGUCC